GCUGAGGAUGAAGAUGGAGCACGACCCACGCACGGAGGAACUCUCAUCCUGAAGGAGGAGGAAGAGGAGGAAGAGGAGGUGCGCGCUCCUGUGGAGAUCCCACAUCAUGCACGCGGAUCAGACCUAUCUAUGGUGAUCUGUUCGGUUUCGACUCGGUAUCGCUGUUUUCUGUCUACAGCAACAACAGUGUGCACGCGCUCAGCAGCGCACCUUUGUCAGCAGGUUAUGGAGGAAGCGCGCACGGUCACGCGCGCCACACCACCGGAGACCGAACAGACACGUUGAUGUGAGGGUACCGGACGGACCAGUGUUCGGAUUAAGCCCGUUUUGUCAGAGAGGAGGAGUUUUAAUUUCGCUCAGCUGCUGAGCCCCGGGUUCUGGACCUCAGAACACCCCAGGCUUGGACAGGAACAUCUUUGUUUCGUCUCAGGAGGACCGUGAAGUCCAGACAGUUCGGACGGGACCAGUGUGCUUUCAGUCUCAGGUGGGGCACUGCAGACAGCAUGAGGCAGCCAAAGGAGUCAGCCUUCAUCAGCCAGAACGAGGCCGGAUGGCAGCGGGAACGGCCGUCCCACAGCUGAGGCAGGAUUAGGAAAGUCAGAACCUUGGAUUGGAUCAUUCUGGCUCAGAGGAUGUCAUGUUAACACGUCGACCUCUGCCAGGACCUCGUUAGAGUCUGAGUUGACCCCUGUGAGGCUGCAGAGCUGAGGGGCCCCGGACAGAGACUCAGCUGGGGGCCACAGAGACUGCGACUGCCCCCAUGCAGGCACGUAAGAAGUAUGUUCUGCUGGGCCUUUGUGCGUGCUGCUGGCUCGUCCUCUUCUACUGCGGCGGAGGAGUCCAGCUGCGUGUGCUGCGCCUGCUAACGCGCCACCGGGGGGACAUUCUGCACCCCUGGCCCAACUGGACCGACAGGGCCUUCUUGCCCCACUACGCCCAUCUGGAUGAACUCCAAACUGACCCGGGGACAGCCGAGUCACCCCGACAGCGCCGGCAGGCAUGGUCAACCAUCUACAAGGACAGCCGUUGUCGCAUGGAGACGUGCUUCGACUUCUCCAGGUGCCGGCGCCGAGGACGCGAAGGGUUUGGGGUCUACAUAUAUCCAUCGGAGAAAGGUGACCGUGUGUCAGAGAGCUACAGGAGGAUCCUGACCUCCAUCUCUGAGUCCCACUACUACACGUCAGACCCUCGAGAGGCGUGCCUGUUUGUGCUCGGGAUAGACACAUUGGAUCGGGACCAGCUGUCGGGACAGUUUGUUUCCAACAUGGACGAGCGCAUCCGUAGUUAUCCUUCAUGGAAUGAUGGGCGGAACCACCUAAUCUUCAACCUGUACUCAGGCACCUGGCCCAACUACACGGAGGACCUGGGCUUUAACGUUGGUCAGGCCAUCUUAGCCAAAGCCAGCCUGAACACAGAACACUUUCGGCCCGGCUUCGAUGUCUCCAUCCCGCUCUUCUCUAAGGAUCACCCGCAGAAGGGUGGGGAGCGGGGCUGGCUGCUGAGGAAUACCACGCCGCCGCGGAGGAAGUACCUGCUGAUGUUCAAGGGGAAACGAUACCUGACGGGCAUUGGCUCAGACACCCGGAACGCUCUUCAUCACAUCCACAACGGGAAGGAUAUCGUGUCCCUGACGACGUGCCGCCAUGGGAAGGACUGGGAGAAGCACAAAGACGCCCGAUGUGACCAUGACAACCUGGAAUAUGAGAGGUUUGAUUACCAGGAGCUCCUCCAUAACUCUACCUUCUGCUUGGUGCCCCGAGGCCGACGUUUGGGCUCCUUCCGCUUCCUGGAGUCUCUGCAGGCGGCAUGCAUCCCCGUCCUGCUGAGCAACGGCUGGGAGCUGCCCUUCUCUGACGUCAUCCAGUGGAACCAGGCCGUCAUUGAGGGAGACGAGAGGUUACUGCUGCAGGUGCCGUCCACAGUGCGAGCGGUACCAAACAAGCGAGUCCUGGAGUUCCGCCAGAGGACCCAGAUGUUGUGGGAUGCCUACUUUUCCUCUGUGGAUAAGAUUGUGCUCACCACUCUGGAGAUCAUCAAGGACCGGGUGUUCUCUCACCUCUCCAGGAACAAAUAUAUGUGGAAUUCCCUGCCAGGAGGUCUGCUGGUGCUCCCAGAAUACUCCACUCACCUGGCACACUUCCCCUUCUACUACCUGGGAUUAGGUGUCAGUCCUGGUCAUGAGUUCACCGCCGUCAUUCACGCCGUCUCUCCGUUGGUGUCCCAGUCACAGCCAAUCAUGAAGCUGCUUCAGGUUGUCUCCAAGUCCAAGUACUGCUCACAGAUCAUCAUUCUGUGGAACAGUGAGAAGCCCCCACCCCCCCGAAGCAAAUGGCCCCCAAUGCCUGUCCCCCUCAUCGUGACAGAUGGCAGGAGGAAGACCACCAGUCGCUUCCUGCCUCACGUUGCUAUAGAGACGGAGGCGGUGCUGAGCCUGGACGAGGAUACGGUGCUGCUGACCAGUGAGGUUAACUUUGCUUUCCUGGUGUGGAGGAGCUUUCCCGAUCGGAUCGUCGGCUAUCCUCCCCGGAGCCACUUCUGGGAUCCCCUGAAGCAUGCUUGGGGCUACACCUCCAAAUGGACCAAUGAGUACUCCAUUGUCCUGACAGGAGCUGCCUUCUACCACAGGUACUAUAACUACCUGUUCUCCCACUACCUGCCCCAGUCCCUUCGGACGCUGGUGGACCAGACGUCCAACUGUGAGGACAUCUUGAUGAACUUCCUGGUGUCUGCAGCGACUCACCUGCCGCCGAUUAAGGUUGCUCAGAGGAAGCAGUACAAGGAGGUCCCGCCUCCUCAGGGCACAAAGAGCGCCACCUGGGCCAACCCGGAGCACUUCGCUCAGAGGCAGGAGUGUGUCAACACUUUCGCCAGCUGGUUUGGUUACAUGCCUCUGGUCCACUCACAGCUCCGCCUGGACCCCGUCCUCUUCAAGGACCAAGUGUCUGUUUUCCGUAAGAAGUACAAAGACCUGGAGCGGGCGUAGCGAUGGGAUUACACCAGCAGGACCACCUGGAAGGGUGGAGGCCUCUGGGACAGAAACAUGGACCAAGCAGAUGAGGACGGGUCCACUCCUCGACAUGAGUAGGUCCUCGUGGUUCUGGUGGGAGGCGUCCGUUGGAAUGGUGUCUCAGAUAGAAAAGACAUUCUCUGAUGGACAGUGACACAGCUGCAGGUAGAUCACAAAACACCUGAGGAAUGGGACCGGUUCUGCUCACUUCACAGUAGAAUUCUGAAAGAACCGUAAAUAAUAACUGAUUAUUUCACAGUAAAAUGUUGUCAAAACAAUAAAGUGGAUUCUGAUAGGACCAAUAAAGCGGUUCUUAAACGCA